AUGAAACUGGCUUCAGAGCGAGCUGGUCUCAUUCUGACUGUGCUGCGAUUUUUGCAGAACAUCCAGAUCUGCGCACCUUCUCUGCGCACGCUGAGGGCCAAAGCCGACCUCUAUCUGUCGAUGAUGUACGUGGAAGCGGAGGAUUUCCAUGCAUCCGCCUGGUGUGGAUUCCUGUCCGACGUCCAGCCAAAGGCGACGCUGAACCUUCAAGGCAAGCGGUCCGACCGCAAGAUGCUGUCCUACCGGGACAGCAAGAUGGAAGCUGUGGAGGUCACCGUGACUGACCUAGGCAAUCUGAGAGGGCACUGGAACAAGCUGCUCUCUUCAAGCCACGAGCACGACCUCAGCAGCCUAUUAAAGGAUGCGCAGGAUGCGGGUAUCCUUGAGACUCUGCAGACGGCUUUGUCUUCUGUCAAUUCCGUCGUGCUCCUUACCCCUGGCAAUUGUGGGGAGUGCGACACACUGGACAAGGCCGUCAGGUCUGGGCACCUGAACUGCCUCCAGCACCUGCUGCAGAACGGGGCCACCACAUCCACUGAAGCUGAUCUUUCGCCGCUGCAUCUGGCCGUCCUGAAAGCCGGGCAGCGCAAGGACCCGCUGGGUAGUCUAUAUGACAAGAUCGCCAAGCUGUUGGUUGCAAAUCACUGCGAUCCGGUCCGGCAAAGCGCGAAUGGUGUGACACCGCUACACUUCGCAGCGGGAUAUGGCAGAAGUUCGCUGGUUCAGGAGAUGUUGCAUCUGGUGGGCACAGGGACUGUGCUGCAAGACACCAAGCGAAUCUAUGCACCAGCGGAGCUCCAAAGAAUGGGCACAGCAGCAGAUGUGCGGGAUGAGAAGGGCAGAACGGCUCUCUUUCGAGCCUUGACUCAUUCACAUCUGGAGGUGGCGAGGUGGCUUCUUCAGCUACGGGCAGAUGCCAACAUUUCAGACUCCAGCUCUACAAGCCCGCUCCAUAUGGCUCUCCAAAGGCCAGGACAACCUGAACUGGCCGAGCUCUUGCUGGAGUCCCGUGCAAAAGUCGAUGCUUCCGAUGGCCAGCAGCGCACACCACUCCACCUGAUUGCAGGUCUUCGGAAGCAGGGCGAGACGGCGAGGAAGCUGGCGAUACUGGUUCUGGAGCGAGAGUGCCAGAUAGAUCCCCUGUGCACUCGGGAAGACCUAGACGGUUGGACCCCAGUCCAUGAGGCGGCGCUGUCCGGAAAUCUGGAGGUUUUAGAGCUCAUCAUCCAGAAUCAGUGCGAAGCGGGUGGCGCAGAAAUCGACGCGCUGAAGCUGUCCCGUCCGCCGGAUUUGUUACAUCUUGCCGUGAUGGGCAAGAACUCUGCAUGUGUGGAGGCGCUGCUGCAUGCCCGGGCCCGCCCCGACCAAGAAUCUGUCAUCACCUGGGACUGGGAGAAGUUCCGGAUUGCGCACCACCACAACAAAAUUGGGCUUGGGCUCAUGGGCUCGGGAAUUCUGGCCAUGCCCUUCGAUCGCAUCCCCUUCAAUACAAAUGUCUCGAGGGCCGAGUUCUCACGGAAUGUGAGCAAGUGCCUCCACGAGUUCAAUUCCAACAAGAACAGGUGCGAACUGAAGGUGCUCAACACGAAGGACCUAAGCCAGGACUUCUGCGACAUCAUCUUCGAUCAAGCGCAGCGCCUGGAUCUAAGGUGUAUCGGUCCUGGUGAGUACAAGAAGGACGGAUCCCGACGGCCCUUGAUUGUGUAUAAGGAGCAAACGGAUUCCAUCCACACUCGUCGGGUCCUCGAGGACCUGGAGUUUCGGCAGGGUGUCCGAGCACGACUUUCGGAGCUGCCAGCAGGUGGGGAAGAAGAGUUCAAGGGCGAGAACAUGAGCUCUUUGCAGAGGAAAAUCGUGCACGACACUGCCAAGAAGUUGGGCUUGCGGUCGAAAGCCAUUGAACACACGGUGUUCGUUUCUGCGCUUUGUCCAGAGGACCACCGUGAACGGCGGCAGCCUGCAGAGAACGAUGAUGUGUUCAUGGAGGAGCUUCGCGCCGACUUGGAAAGGCUGGAGCCAGGCGAAGAGGUGAUUCUGGGCGUGAACCUCUCCUCGUACAAGCACAUGCUGGUUCAUGAGGAGGUGCGCCGCCGUGGUUCUGGCUGGACAUCGAAGGCAUCCGGCCGAGGAAUCAUGGUAAGGCGGCCUGGUGAAGACGCCGAGGAGGAGCCAGAGACGCCGAGCAAGAGCAACUCCAAGGAGGUGGAAGACUGGGUCCGCCAGGAGCUUUCCACGCUCAGGCCUGGGGAAUCCUACAAGUUUCCAGCCACCCUGAACUCGUUCGAGCGGAGGGUGGUGCACGAGGUUGCAGAAAGUUUGGGCUGGCACCAGGAGACGGUGAACGUGCCUGCAGUUUCCAAGGGCAAGGGCAAGGGCAAAAGCAAAGCCAAGGGGAAAGGCAAGAAUGGCAAGGGACGGAUCCCUCGGCAGGUGACCGUGACGCACAAGCCGGCAAUAGCGGGGCCAAAGCCAGACUGGAGCAAGGAGGUUGAGACGGAGCUCGAGAAGAUGAUCCUGGACCCGUCCUUGCAGGAGUGCCCUUUCCCAUGGAGUGAACAGCAAUGUCAAGAAGGGGAGCGCAAGCGGAGGGCAGUCCGGGAAGUGGUGACGAGAUUCCCAGAUCUUCUGGCAAAAGAUGAGCGCGAGGGCAGCAAGCUCCGAGUGGUCGUGCGACGGGCGAGGGAGGCACCGACCUCUCGGAACUCCGAGAGCCCUUUGCCGAGCGACCGGAUUGACUGCAUGCACGUUGUACGACAACAGCUUUAUGUCUUCAUGAAUAGCCAGGAGAACGAAUACUGGUAUCCGCCGGGUCUGACAAAGCUGCACCUGUCAGUGAUCCGCGACGCCGCCCGCGAGUUUGGCUUGGAAUGCCAACGCACCGUCUGCCGACCAGAAGACUCGCAGGUGCUGCUCCGAAAGGGUGCCUUGGGCAACCCGUCUGAAACGCCGGUGGUUCAUGCCGGCAUCCUCUGCGACGGCUGCAACUGCGUUCCGCAAGGAAUCCGCUACCACUGCCGCGACUGCGAUGACUUCGACUUCUGCGAAACCUGCCACAGCAAGUGGCAAUGUGGCGAUCUCUGCCACCCUCAGGAGCAUCUAUUCGAUGCCAUGUCCUUCGCAGUCCAGCCACGCAGAAUAGUUUUGGCCAGCGUCAUGAACGCCUUUCAACUCGCAGCAGGCCUCGGUCUCACAAAAACGGUCGAGCUUAUGUUCCAGCACAGCGACGCCGACACGCUCUUGCAAUCGGUUACGAACCAAGGGCACUCAUCGCUGCACCUAGCCUGCCAGCGGCGUCGCCUGCCAAUGCUGGAGGUGCUGCUUGAAGCGCGGGCAGACUGCAACGUGAAGAAUGGCAAGGGGCGUUCUGCUCUCGACUGCGCGGCCAGGCUCCCAUCCUACAUGAAGGAUGACAAGGAGGAGCUCACAGACAUAGUGCGCACUCUGCUGAAUGCACAGGCCGAUCCGACCGUCGUGGCAGAGAAUGGCGACAGUCCCGUACAUCAAGCCGUCGGCCACAACAACUGGCCUAUGACCCAGGCCUUGCUCCAGGCACGUGCAGAUCCAAAUGCUCACGGCCUUCGUGGCAGGACUGCCUUGCAUAUGGCGGCACAUACCGGACGCGACAUCAUUGCCAGGCGGCUCUUGGAAGCGCGGGCAGACCCCACCAUCCGUUCUGCUGAAACUGGAAAGACGGCAGAAGAGGAGGCACUCCUCAAAGAGAAGAAUGCCGUGGCUCGUGAAAUUGGCAAAUUCGACAGGAGGUCGGUGUGUGCUGCAGGCCCACCUCUCGCGAUCCAGCGCAAGCAGAGUUCCGGCUCUUCUGCAUCGACCGCAGCCACAGAGGGCUACCUGCCUGCUGAGAUCAGGCCGCAGAGUAUGGAGCAGUUGGGGACUGGAGCUGCCCCAGUUUCACCGAAGGAGGUCGCCGAGGCUGAGGCGUCGGGGCCUCCUCGGCACCCCGCGCUGCAUUGCGAAGGUACCCUUGCACUGCGCCAUGCCUUGCUUGUUUGCAACAGCUACAAGGAGGACGAAACUCAAGGCGACUUGAGCAAUGCUGUACCGACGGGACGCAAGCUGAAAGAUGCUCUGCUGCGUGCGGGCUUCAAAGUGCGUCUCAGCGAAGACGCAGACGGUACGGUGUUUGAAGAGCAGGUUUCGGCGCUCGUCUGCGAGCUGCAGUCGCAACCGGAGGAAGAGCACCUCGUGGUCUUCUACUUCGCAGGCCACGGGGCAGAAGUAGAAGCAGAUCUGAUGAUGCGCAUGCAGAGCGACGCGUCUGGGGGGUUCCCACUUCGAGCUGUGCUGGAACGCAUCCUCACCAGCGUGCCGAAAGUGGGCGUCGUGGCGUUGCCAGACUGCUGCCGCGAGAACUCCGAAGACAGAACCUUCCGCGCCUCAACGGCUGAGGCUCAGAUGGCUCAAGCCUUGAAGGCCAAAGGUACCUCGAGCUCCAGCGUGGAUAUGGCUGGUAACUUUUAUGUGGUUUGGGCAGGUGACCGAGGGACUUGCAUCGAGGACAGGUGCGAAGACAAUCUGGGUUUUCAGCUGGCAUCUGUCUUGAAAGAGUCCCGGGGUGCAAUGCUCGAUGAGAUCCUUCAGCUUGCCUGCGAUCAGGUGCGCCGUCGAACUGGAAAUGCCACGAAGGGUGUUGUCAGCCAGCUCCAGCGACCCUGGAUUCAGCGGGGCGAUGGCCAGAACUUGGCUCAGCACGUGCUGCGUCCCAUCCUGUGCUUCCGGUGCCAGGAUUUCCGGAGAGGCAAGGAGCAGCCACAGGACAUGCACCAGGCCUCUCGGAUUCUCACUGCCGAGGGCUUUGCGAAGAUACUAGAAAGUCGAAGCCCAUGUGCAAGUGGUGCAAGCAAGGAGCUUUGCGCUCUGGCCGCCCUCAAUGCCCUUGAGGCACGGCAGCUCGAGGAUCCACACCCCGAAGCACUGAGCGCCUUCUUCUGCGCAGCGGCCCGGGCCAACGCUGUCCCGGUGCUCCGCUUCAUGCUCCACUUGCACCCAGAGCUUAUCGGCCACCUGGGUUACGACGCCUUCGACUAUGCAAGCCACUGCCUCGGCGGCAGGCCGACGGCAAGCGCAGCCCGACGGACCCCGGUGCUUGCUGUCGCAGCAAGCGCUGGACGUUCACAAGAAGCUUUGGAGUUCUUGCUGGUGGCACGGGCGGAUGUCGCGGCGCGGGAUGUCGAAGAAUGGACGGCUCACCACCAUGCCAGCUAUUUUGGGGCCUACGCCUCUCUGGCCACGUUGCUGCACAGCUCUGGGAGCGCCCCCUCCGCGGAAGCCUGGGCUUUGACUCCUCUUCACUUGGCCGCCUCUGCAGGCCAUGCAGACUGUGUGCGGCUGCUGCUUCAGCACGGAGCCUCACCGGAAGAGGCUGCUCCGCAAGGCUGGUGGCCAUCGGAGCUCGAGAAGGUCAUCCACGCUGACCCAAAGGCAGUGCAGUAUCAACAUGUCACUCUGGAACAGCUCGGGCGGUCUCAGAUGGGCAAACCACUGGGAGGAUUGCGAGCUCUUCAUUUGGCAGCUGCCGCAGGUCACCGGGAUUGCGUUGAAGCUCUUCUGAAAUCCCGUGCGGAUGCGAAUGCUUCGACAGAGAGGGAUCUCACGGCAUUACUGCUCUGUCUGAAGCAAUGGCAUCUGCCGUUGGGGAACCCCAAGAAACUCGGCGGCAAGAGGCUUCGGAACGAGCACAAAGACCAUGCUGGCAGUUUCGAUGCAUUGCUUGCAGCUGGAGCCAGGGACAUUUUGCAGGAUGGGUGUGAGACGGGUCUGCACGCUGUUGCGCUUCAUUGGAGCUCCGUUGAUCCUGUCGAUGCGAGACGGGUCGCCUUCGAGCUGAUUGACAAGGCACAGUCUUCCAUCCAUGCUCGCGCGCGAGGUGGGGGCACUCCUUUGCACUGGGCCGUGAAUGGGAGGAACUGGGCUCUCUGCUCCUUGCUGCUGGAACGCAGGGCCGAUCCAAGCAUCAGGAACGACAUGGAACGUGCUGUUUGGGAACUGCCGAUCUUGGAGGAGCCAGGUCGGUGGCGCAACGCUGAUGGGGAGCUUUGCCGCAAGAAGCUCAAAGAACUGCGAGGACCAGCUCAGGGCUCCUUCGCCUGA